AUGCUACAGUGCCACAAGGCAGCAAAGGCGGAUGGGAUAUUCAACGAAUUCAUCAAGUUUGGGGGGAAGGGGAUCAUCCAGCUGAUGAUAAUGCUGUACACCUGGGUGUGGAAAAACGAGUAUGCGGCAACUAGAUGGAGGAAAGGGGUGGUUGUGAACUUCUUUCAGAAAGGAGACAAGACUGACCCAGGACGUUACAGGGGGAUCACACUGUUGAACACAGUAGGAAAAGUGUUCUGUUUCCGAAAGAAGAGGGGGUGCGUAGACCACACAUUCACGGUAGGGAGAAUCAUCCAAGAUAUAAAGAGUGCGGGGAAGCCCACGUAUUGCUUCUUCCUGGACGUGAAAAAGGCAUACGAUACAGCAUGGAGCAAUGGGCUGUGGAAGCAAUUCUCCACGUACGGGAUGAAGGGGAACAUGUGGAGAGUGCUGAAGAAGAUGACAGAGUGUGCGAAAAGCGCGGAGGUCCCACAAGGUUGCACGUUGUCCCCAACAUUGUUCCAGGUAUUCAUCAACGAUCUGUUGAAAGUCAUAGAGGCAGUCGGGAAAGGAGUAAAGGUAGGGGAAACGGAAACUUCGGUGUCGGGAAUGCUGUUUGGGGUUGAUUUUGCCGGUAUGUCGGACACCUCUGAGGGACUGCAACUGCAAAUUGACGCGGCGAAGGAGUUUACAAAUGAGUGGAGGUUGUUUGCCAACGCUGAGAAGAGUGCCGUCAUGGUUUGCAACGACGACAGGGAGAAACCACACACACACCUCGGAGAAGAGAUCGCGAAAGACUGCUCGUGGAAUGCACACAUGUCCAAGGUAGCGGAAAAGGGCAAAGCACGAGCAGGGGAGCUGCACCCAAUGCUCGCAAACAGGCACCUCGGUACACGCUUCAAAUUGACGGUUUUGAAGAGCGUAAUCGUACCGCCGCUAGAGUGUGCCGGAGAAGGAUGGGAAGGAAAUACAAGAAGGUAG